GUUCCAGGGGGUGGAGUCAAAUAUCUUAGCUUUGACAACAAGUAGCGAAACAUCAUCCAUUGAUUCGAAGUUAUUACUUUGUAACAAUCAAUAUAUGAUGUCGAUACAUGACAGUCUUUGUUGUGAAGCAGAGAAGCAAGAAGAGAUGGACAACAAUGGACAAUAAUAAUAAUCCACUGGAAUAAGUAUGCUGUAGUUCUAAAGUGCACGAGCAUCAGCUGUUUGGUGAAUGUUGGGUUCAGGAGGACACACUGCUGCUAGGAUGCAAGAGCAGAGGAACAUGGCUGACCUGCAGGCUUUCCUGGAGGAUGGCCUGAGUUCAGGGCUGCUGCUCCAGCACCAACUACAGGAGAUGAAGGAGGCCUACAAGCAGCAGCUGCAGGAGACAGAGAGGAGACAGAGAGAGGGCCUUGAGAAAAGGAUCCAGCAGAACUCUAUGCUGUCAGCAGGCUUCGACAGGAAGUCUAGUGCUGACAGACAACUGGACCUGUUUUUCAGCUCUCAGGCCAGGGGACCGAGGAAAUCCAGUUCCCUGUCUGAACUGGUGUCAGGUAGGAGGUCUACCUGCAGGAAAUCCCCACAGCUCAGACAGUCAGGGAGGUUUGUCACAUCCUCUGCAGCCUGGGCUUCUGACACAACUGUUUCACACAGAGGACCACAGCAUCUUCAGCACCAAGGACCAACAGAAACAGAGCAGCUCCAACUAAGCAAAGAGGAGAAAGAGGAGGCGGAAUGUCAGAGGAAGUUUCGUGCUGUUCCUGUGCCUGGCCAUGUGUUUUUGCCCCUCUAUGAUGAGAUGACGCAGGUGCGGCAGAAAGAGAGGAAGGAAGGCCAUGAACAGAGGAGGGACUUCCUGCUCUCCAUGCAGAAACCCUUCAGCUUCCUGGAGAGAGAUGAGAAGAAGAGAGAGAAGCUGAUGCAAAUGAUAAGCACGGUGGCACAGUCUCAAAAAGCCACCAAUGUCAGGAAACCAAUACCGAAAGCAAUCAAAGACCAUGCUGUCUCUGAGCAUUUAAAAGAGGAGGAGCUGCGCAGGACGGUACGCAUCCAGCUGAGGGCCCAGGAGACUUUGAGGAAGUCCACAGCACCUAUAGAGAACCAAACUCAUACUGAGAACCCGGAGCCUCGCACCGCCCAACGGACUAAGAAGGAGGUUCUGGCCUUCCUGGAUCAGAAGCCUACCUUCCAGCCAAAGACCAACUCCCAGGUCCCUGAUUUUGACAGGCUGCACAAGGCCUUUCAGAGGGAAUCACUGAAGAGGGCAGAGAGGAAAAAUGUUACCAAGUGUCAGCCCUUCCACCUGCGGACGUCAACUCUGCCUUCAAGACCAAGCAGAAGCAGCUCUGAAAAAGAACAGAAACCCAUAGUCAGUGCCGUUUUGAAGAGAAGCAAUUCCUUUGGAGGCUUAACAUCACUGUCCACAGAUACGCUUCCCACCUACAUCACAGAUGCAGCAAGGAAACGCUGUAUGGCCAUUAGAAAGUCUGUGGAGCAGAAAGAGAGCAAGGAGCAGGAGAGUGUAGAGUGGAUGCGGAGACAUAGGAAGAGGUCUCAGGCCAUGAAGAAGACAGUGGCUGUCCGCGCCAAGGUCAUGGACCCUCAUAGCAGCCUGAAAGAGGUGUAUCAUGAGAAGCUGAAA